CCUGCUGACGGGUUGGAAUAGGCAGAAAGGAACGAACAGGGACGCUUUUUUUAAAAUUUCUCCUUCCCGCACCUUCUUCCCCACCCCCCUUCUCCUCCCUUUUAAGCCGCCGAACAUUAAUUUUCUUUUUUUUUCUUUUGUUGUUGUUGUUGUUUUUGGAAAACAGAAAUUUGAUUUAAGAUGUCUGCAAGUUGUCAGCAAAGUGAAUGUCGAGUAAUCCCCACCAGGAGGGUUAUUCUGAACGAUGCAACGCAGCUACCUCAUGACUAUUGCACUACCCCAGGGGGGACAUUCUUCUCCACCACUCCCGGAGGCACCCGGAUUAUUUACGAUCGGAAAUUUCUUAUGGAGUGUCGCCAUUCCCCAAUUGCCAAGACCCCACCUCGCUACCUCCCGCACAUCCCAGGUGUAACUACCCCUGGCGCUGCCGAUGACACCAAGGUGGAAGCGAAUGAUGUUGGCCACUGUGGUGAUAACAACCGUGAGGGGAAAUCAGCCACCGGGGAGGAUGCUCAGUUUGAGAUGGACAUCUAGGCUCUCCGUACGCUGACUGCCAACUCCCCCUUCCUCGACGCCUCGAAGACCUGGCUUGUGGUUCCAAACUCCCGAGGCCUUUGCAGCGGUACACCAGCUCUCCCUGAAAUCUGCCAAAAAAAAAGAAAAGGAAGUUAACACCAAUAAAGCCUGUGGCCAGUGGUUAAUCCUGCAACAGUCACACAUCGGCCACACGAUGUUAAAUCAUGUUUUUUGCGAUGAAAUAAGUUGGUCCUAAUUUCUCACCAAAUUCUUGGAAAUAAUGGGGGAGGAGGCAGUGGGAAUCACCCCUUUUCUUUUCCCUGAAAGGUGAAAGUUUUGUUAAAGAACAAAAGAGAAUUCUUUUUUAGACGAUUUGUACGCAAAGCAAUAUUGAAGCAGUUCCCAUGAUACAGCACGAUAUAUAUCCAUAUAUAUAUAUAUAUAAAUAUAUGUGUAUAUAUAUAUAUAAAAACAGCUGACAAUAAUGUUUAAAUUGAGUUUUGAAAAGGGUUUUGGUACAGAGCCAUGUUGUGUACUCAUUUAUUUUCUGGGGAUACUGUUUUGAGGUUCUGUGAAACCCUGUUGCAAGCUCCUUGCUUAACGAUUUUAAUUAUAAUCCAUUGAACUCCCAA